CUGGGGAGCUGCUGGGCACAGUGCCUGGGAACCAUGGGCUGGGCACAGAAGGAUUUCAUCUUCCAGAAGGAGCUGUUUGCUGCCAGAGAUGCAGAUCCCAUGCACAACCUCUCAGCUCAGCCCUGGCAGGCGAAGAUGGGCAACCUCACCUACGACAACUUCACCCUCGGAAACCAUUCUGAAGUGGCCAUCCAGCCUCCCACCGACUACAAGACAGUGGAGCUGGUUUUCAUUGCCACAGUCACUGGCUCGCUCAGCCUUGUCACCGUGGUGGGGAACAUCUUGGUGAUGCUGUCUAUCAAGGUGAACCGCCAGCUCCAGACUGUCAACAACUACUUCCUCUUCAGCCUGGCCUGCGCAGAUCUCAUCAUUGGGGUCUUCUCCAUGAACCUCUACACGGUCUACAUCAUCAAAGGCUACUGGCCACUGGGGGCUGUGGUGUGUGACCUGUGGUUGGCCCUGGACUACGUGGUGAGUAAUGCCUCUGUCAUGAACUUACUCAUCAUCAGCUUUGACCGCUACUUCUGUGUCACCAAGCCCCUGACGUACCCGGCCCGCAGAACCACCAAGAUGGCGGGGCUAAUGAUCGCGGCCGCCUGGAUAUUAUCCUUCAUACUCUGGGCCCCUGCCAUCUUGUUCUGGCAGUUCAUUGUGGGCAAGAGGACAGUCCCUGAGAGAGAAUGUUACAUCCAGUUCCUCUCCAACCCAGCAGUGACCUUUGGCACAGCCAUCGCUGCUUUCUACCUGCCCGUGGUCAUCAUGACAGUGUUGUACAUCCACAUCUCUCUGGCCAGCAGGAGCAGAGUGAGGAGGCACAAGCCUGAAAGCAGAAAAGAGAGGAAAAGCAAGUCCAUCAGCUUCUUCAAGGGUCCCCUGAUCAAACAGAACAAUAACUCUCCCAAGAAGACUGUGGAAGUGAAGGAGGAGGUGAGGAAUGGGAAAGUUGAUGACCAGCCUUCUGCACAGACAGAGGUCACUGGCCAUCAGGAGGAGAAGGAGACCUCCAAUGAGUCCAGCACAGUCAGCAUGACCCAGACCACAAAAGACAAGCCUACAGCAGAAAUCUUGCCAGUGGGGCAAGGGCAGAGCCCCUCCCAUCCCCGGGUGAACCCAACUUCCAAAUGGUCCAAGAUUAAGAUUGUUACCAAGCAGACGGGGACCGAAUGCGUCACCGCCAUAGAGAUCGUCCCAGCCAAGGCUUCUGACCACAAUUCCCUGGCCAACAGCCGCCCAGCCAAUGUUGCCAGGAAGUUUGCAAGCAUUGCCAGGAGCCAAGUACGGAAGAAGCGCCAGAUGGCAGCCCGGGAGAAGAAAGUCACUCGCACCAUCUUUGCCAUCCUGCUGGCCUUCAUAUUCACAUGGACUCCAUACAACGUGAUGGUCCUCAUUAACACCUUCUGUGAGACCUGUGUACCUGAAACAGUGUGGUCCAUUGGCUACUGGCUCUGCUAUGUCAACAGCACCAUCAAUCCAGCCUGCUAUGCCCUCUGCAAUGCCACUUUCAAGAAAACCUUCAAGCACCUUCUCAUGUGCCAGUACAGGAACAUUGGCACAGCCAGGUAA